UACUUGCCUUCACAAGCAUAUCAUCAAAAUCAACUCUGCGUCUUUCUUUAUUAUUGUGAAUUUGUAAAUUAUUGUUUUUCCUGUGCAGUUUAUUAUCAUUUGUUUUCGUUGCUGAUUGCCUGAUUUAACAAUAGGAUUCCGAAGUGUCGAGUUGCAUUUUAUUUUUAUAAAACGCGAAUACGAAUAUCUAAGCAUAUAUAAUAGAUAUAAAUACAGAAGUGCUCUAGAACGUAAUGCGUUCCCUGCUAUACGUGUUAUUUGCCUUGCUGGCGAGCGCCGCUGCGCAAAAGCUAGAGAAGAUUAAUGUUGAUAAAGUGUACCAUUAUCAGCCUGAACAAGUACAUUUGGCAUUUGGUGAACAUACCAAUGAAGUGGUGGUAACUUGGUCUACACGUGACGAUGCUAUUGAAUCCAUUGUUGAAUACGGUCUCAAAGGCUUUACGCGGCGCGUCAAUGGUACGUCUGAGAAGUUUGUCGAUGGCGGUGAUAAAAAGAAGUCACAAUACAUACAUCGGGUAAAGUUAACCCAACUCUUACCCAAUCGCACGUACGCCUAUCACUGUGGCGGCCAGUUGGGUUGGUCGCCGCGUUUCGAGUUUCGCACAGUACCUGCCGGUGACGAUUGGUCACCUACAGUGGCACUCUACGGUGAUAUGGGUAAUGAGAAUGCACAAUCCUUGGCGCGUCUGCAACAGGAUACACAGCGCGGCAUGUAUGAUGCCAUCAUACAUGUGGGUGACUUCGCCUACGAUAUGAAUACGGAUGACGCGCGUGUGGGUGAUGAGUUUAUGCGACAAGUUGAAACGAUAGCGGCAUAUGUGCCAUACAUGGUGGUGCCAGGCAAUCACGAGGAGAAGUACAAUUUUUCAAAUUAUCGCGCGCGUUUCAGUAUGCCCGGCGGCACCGAGAAUCUCUUCUACAGUUUCAAUUUAGGACCGGUACAUUUCAUUGGCAUCUCUACCGAAAUGUACUAUUUUCUUAAUUAUGGCUUGAAGACACUCGUCUUUCAAUAUGAGUGGUUGGUAAAUGACCUGCAAGAGGCUAAUCGUCCGGAGAAUCGUGCACGCCGUCCCUGGAUCAUUGUGUAUGGUCACCGACCUAUGUACUGCAGCAAUGGCAAUGGUGAUGAUUGCACACAUACAGAAACACUAACACGCGUGGGCUGGCCCUUCUUUCACAUGUUCGGUCUGGAAGAACUCUUCUAUAAACAGGCUGUCGAUGUGGAAAUUUGGGCACACGAACAUUCUUAUGAACGCUCAUGGCCACUUUAUGACUAUCAAAUAUAUAACGGUUCCCAGGCGGAUCCCUACCGCAAUCCACGUGCGCCAAUACAUUUAAUAACCGGCUCAGCGGGCUGUAAAGAGGGCCGUGAGCCAUUCGAUAAAAAUAGACCCGAUUGGAGCGCUUUCCACAGUCAGGACUACGGUUAUACGCGCAUGAAGGCCUACAAUCGUACACAUCUCUAUUUCGAGCAGGUUUCCGAUGAUAAAAAUGGCGCUAUAAUCGAUUCAUUUUGGCUGGUCAAAGACAAACACGGCAGUUAUGUGUAAAUAAUUGGGCUGAGGCGCAUAAAACAUUUUUUAAACACAUUGAGUCCUAUGCAUUUGCUGUAAUUAUUGUAUGAUUUUAUUUUUUUAUUUUUUUUUUUUUUGAAAAAAGCGCACAUUCCAUUUAAAUAGUACCAAUGAUUGGCUUUAGGCAGUAUUAGAAAACGCUAAACUUGUACCUAACAACGAAUCUCAGCCUAUUUUAAAUUAAAAAUAGUUUUUAGUUAUUCGUAUGUGCGUAUGUAGUAGGUACUGGCUAUAAACAUAUCCUUAAAUUAAACAUACGCAGCAUUAAAAGCAUUUAUUCAUAUUUUUAGCACAAAAUUUUAUGUAUGUAUCUACAUAUGUUUGAUGUUUGUUUUUUUUUUCUCUA